GCGUCGCAAUGGCAAUGACAGAACAUGAGAACAUCCAAAUGUUUUGGAUAGGGAAGGAGAUUAUGGUUGGCGCCUUGCAUAUUCACAAUUCAUGGCCACCGUUAUUCAAUCCUCUCCCUCUCUCACUGUCACCACCACCACCACCACCGCAACCGCCACUUCUUAUUACUCUGUUCCACACUUUCUUCACUCUUCCUCUCCGCCCCAUAGUCCAUUCUUCCUCUUUCCCAAAACUCCACCACCACCACUAUUCUCUUCACUCUCCAACUUCAAGCUUCGCAAAACUCACCACCACCAACCUCACUUCUCCACUUCCCCAACCCAACCUCUUCCUUCAACACCAACCCUUUUGCCCUCCGAAGCUUCCCAUGGCUCUUCUUCUUCACCAAACGACGCACAAAACUCUCUCAUUGAUACCUUAUUUGAUUUGCUUCGCCUCUCAGCUCGCUACAGCGAUGCCCAGCUCGUGAACGCUGUCCACGCAUGCAUUUCCAAGCUCCAAGAGCACACCCAUCUCAGCAAUGCUCUCAUUUCCGCAUAUCUCAAGCUGGGUCUUCUAUCUGAAGCUUACAAUGUUUUCCUCGGCCUUUCGUGCCCCAAUGUGGUGUCUUAUACGGCGUUGAUAUCUGGGUUUUCGAAGUCGAAUCGAGAACACGAGGCGGUGGAGCUUUUCUUUCGAAUGAGGGAUUCAGGUAUUGAGCCUAACGAGUAUACCUUUGUUGCAAUUUUGACUGCCUGCAUUCGGAUUUUGGAUUUACAACUGGGUUUACAAGUUCAUGCUAUGAUAAUCAAACUUGGGUUUUUGGAAGAUUCUGUUUUUGUUUCGAAUGCGCUUAUGGGGUUGUAUAGUAAAUGUGGGUGUUUCUUAUUUGUGCUCAAAUUGUUCGAUGAAAUGCUGCACAGAGACAUUGCGUCGUGGAAUACUGUUAUAUCGUGUAUGGUAAGUGAGUUUAUGUAUGAUAAGGCAUUUGAAUUCUUUCGUGAUAUGCAGAGAAAUGAUGGGCUUAGAGUAGACCAUUUUACAGUUUCUACUCUUUUGACCGCUUGUACCGGCAGUUCUUCUUUAAUGCAAGGCCGAGAAGUGCAUGCUCAUGCAAUCAAGAUAGGGCUGGAGGCUAAUUUGAGUGUCAACAAUGCAUUGAUUGGGUUCUACACUAACUGUGGUGGGGGUGUAAAAGACGUGACAGCUUUGUUUGAGAGGAUGCCCAUAAGAGAUAUGAUCACUUGGACAGAAGUGAUUACCGCAUAUAUGGACUUUGGCUUGGUGGAGUUGGCUGUGGAGGUAUUUGAUAAGAUGCCAGAAAGGAAUUCUUUUUCUUAUAAUGCUCUUUUGACAGGAUUAUGUCGAAAUGGCCAAGGGUCAAAGGCACUGGAAUUAUUUAUAAAAUUGGUGGAGGAGGGUGUAGACUUGACAGAAUUCACUUUGACAAGUGUUCUUAGUGCUUGUGGAUUGCUCAUGGAUCGCAAAAUUAGUGAGCAGAUUCAUGGGUUCAUUUUCAAGAUUGGUUUUGAGUCAAAUGCUUGUAUUGAAGCAGCGUUACUUGAUAUGUGUACAAAGUGCGGAAAGAUGGUAGAUGCUGAAAAGAUAUUCAGACGGUGGUCAUUUGACCAGGAUACCUCUGUGAUUUGGACAUCAAUGAUAUGUGGUUAUGCUCGAAAUGGGCAGCCAGAUGAGGCAAUUUCUCUAUUCAACAUUAGUCAAUCCAAAGGAACAAUGGUUGUGGAUGAAGUUGCAUCAACUUCAGUACUUGGUCUCUGUGGAAAUAUAGGAUACCAUAACAUGGGAAAGCAAAUACAUUGCCAUGCUCUCAAAUCUGGUUUUUUAUCUGAUUUAAUGGUUGGAAAUGCCUUGCUUACCAUGUAUUCUAAGUGUUGGAACAUGGAUGAUGCAAUUAAGAUAUUCAAUAAUAUGCCUACACACAACACAGUUUCCUGGAAUGGUUUGCUUGCUGGGCAUCUUUUCCACAGACAGGGUGAUGAGGCCUUGGCCCUCUGGUCAAAAAUGAAGAAGAUGGGCACGAAACCAGACAAAGUUACCUUUGUUUUGAUCAUUUCAGCUUACAGACACACUAACUCCAAUUUAGUUGAUGAUUGCUGUAGCCUUUUUUCAUCAUUGAAAAGCGUUUAUGACAUUGAGCCCUCUUCAGACCAUUAUGCAUCCUUGGUUGGAGUUUUGGGUUACUGGGGUCUACUCGAAGAAGCAGAGGAGAUGAUCAAUACAAUGCCUUUUGAGCCUGAUGCCUCUAUUUGGCGAGCCUUGCUUGAUAGUUGUAGAAUCCAUUUGAAUACAACUAUUGGGAAACGGGUUGCAAAGCGCAUUCUUGCUCUCGAGCCGAAAGAUCCAUCCACCUACAUACUUGUAUCAAAUCUGUAUUCUGCAUCUGGGAGAUGGCAUUGCUCUGAAAUGGUUAGGGAGAAUAUGAGAGAAAUGGGUUUCCGGAAACACCCAGGUCGAAGUUGGAUCAUUUUUCAGAACAAGAUACAUUUUUUCUAUGCAAGAGACAAAUCCCAUCCCCAAACAAAAGACAUCUAUAGUGGAUUAGAAAUUCUGAUCUUAGAAUGUCUAAAAGCUGGGUAUGUGCCAGACACAAGCUUUGUUCUUCAUGAUGUAGAGGAGCAUCAAAAGAAGGAUUUCUUGUUCAAUCACAGUGCAAAACUAGCAGCAACUUAUGGGCUUCUAAUGAGCAGGCCAGGAAAACCUAUUCGGAUUGUGAAGAACAUCCUUCUUUGUGGGGACUGCCACACAUUCUUGAAGCAUGUUUCUGUUGUUACCAAGAGAGAAAUAUUUCUAAGAGAUUCUUCAGGGUUUCAUUGCUUUUCUAAUGGCCAGUGCUCAUGCAAAGAUUACUGGUGAUUCCCCUCACCUUGUAUCUUACAACCUUUUAACUUCCAUUCUUAUUGUUGAGAAAUACCAAGCCAUUGUCAAAAAAUUGUAUAUAUAUGUGUAAUUUUUUCCAUAGAAGAAAUUCAGUAGAAAUAUUUGAGUAAAUAGAUCUUCAAUUACUGACAAUGGUCUUGUAUAUAACUUCAUGCUUCUGUCUUGGAUCUGGUUUAUUGCUAAUCACUCCACUACUACUGUCCCAUGCACCCAUUCUCUAUGGCUGUGAACCACUGCACUUCCACUAAGCACGGGAAAAUUGGCAGCUCAUUAACACUUUGUUUGGAAUGGUGGAAAGAGGGAAGAAAGGAAAGGAUAGGGAAGGAAAGGAAGCAAUUUCCACUUUUUGGUUACAGAUGUGAAGAGGAAGUGGGGGGGGAUUGGAGUGAUGUAUUUCUACCCGGCACAUUUCCGUAUCUGCCCAAAAUGGACGGAAAAGGAGGAAAUGAUGGUGGCCUGGUUUGAAAAUAUUUUGGAUAAAAUUACCAACAUACACAUAUCAUAUGCACAACCACAAAAGAGAAAAUUACAUAAUGAGAAGUGAAUAGUUUAGAGGGGAGAGAGAGAGAGAUACCUGAGGGUUGAAUUGGCUUAUGCUUGGCCGUGCUGUGUCCUGUGUGCUCUUCUCUGCCUGUUCUCCACUUUCUUAUAAGUUGUAAUACAGGGAGUGUUUGAGAUUUCAAAUUUGUUUCUAGAAAAGUUAAAGGCUCUAGCAUUCAUGAUUUUGAACUAUUUUGUUGGAUGGUGCAGAAUUGAAGGGCAACCUGAUCAUAAUUUGUACAGGUAGCAUGUCUUUUUUUUCCCCCCUCUUUUGCAAUGUGAUUCCUGUAUUUAUUUUCAGCUGUAUAUUUUGUGUUUGUUUUAAAUCAUAAUAUAUCUGAUCUUUAGUGAUAAUUUUCACUCAUUUAAAAUGGA